AUGAACGAGACGUCGUCCCGUUCGCAUGCCGUGUUUACUGUUAUCCUUACCCAGAAGCGCCGGGACCCACAGAGUAAGAUGGUCGGUGAGAAGGUGUCCAAGAUCUCGCUCGUGGACUUGGCCGGCAGUGAACGGCAAGCAUCGACCGGCGCGACGGGUACGCGUCUCAAGGAGGGCGCCAACAUCAACAAGUCGCUCACCACGCUGGGCAAGGUCAUUGCUGCCCUCGCCAAUGCGUCCGAGGGUAAGGGUAGGAAGAAGAAGGAGGAGUUUGUGCCCUACCGUGACUCGGUCCUCACCUGGCUCCUGAAGGAGAGUCUGGGAGGUAACUCGAAGACAGCCAUGAUUGCUGCCAUCUCGCCGGCGGACUACGACGAGACGCUGAGCACACUGCGCUAUGCCGACGCCGCUAAGCGUAUUCGCACUCACGCAGUCGUCAACGAGGACCCCAACGCCAAGCUUAUCCGCGAGCUCAAAGAGGAGCUUGAGCUGCUGCGCGGCAAGGUCUUGUCGGUGUCUGCUGGAGGUCUAUCUGAGGACACGUACGACCCGUCCAUCCCUCCUGAAAACCAGAUUGUCACGUACCAGACCAAGGAUGGCGAGAUCAAGCGGGUCACGAAACUGGAGCUUCAAGACCAGUUGCAAGCAUCCGAGAAGCUCAUGGGGGACCUCAAUCUCACGUGGGAGGAGAAGGCGAGUACACCCUUCGCAAUCCACGUCGCACGAGAGAAGGCACUCGAGGAGCUGGGCAUCACCGUCGAUAAAGACAUGGUCGGCGUCCACGCACCCCAAAAGUUCCCAUCACUUGUCAACCUUAAUGAGGACCCCCUCAUGUCCGAGUGUCUCGUCUACCAGCUGAAGCCGGGUACCACGGUCGUUGGCAACCGGGAGAGCACGUCUACCCAGAUCAAGCUCUCAGGCGAGCACAUCACGUCCCAUCACUGCCGGUUUAUCAACAUUGAGGGCCACGUUACGCUGGAGGCGUGUGAGGAUGCCCGUACUUUCGUCAAUGGCAAGCGCGUACCACCCGGCACGCCCGUCAAGCUCCUACAUGGCUUCCGCGUUAUCUUGGGCGACUUCCACGUCUUCCGCUUCAACGACCCCGCAGGUGUGCGCGCUCACCGCACGCGGAUGUCUGGAAUGUGGGGCAACGCAACGAACGGGGAUCCUGGAACUCCUGGACGCUCGGAUUCGCCCGCACCAACAGAGCUCAUGGACUGGACGGCCGCGCGGCGAGAGGCGGCCGACAUUGAGGCGCUUGGUGACCGCGACCUGGACAAGUUGUUUGACGACAUUGUCAAGGUCCGCACCCUCCGAGGACGGCCAGACAGCCGACUUGACUUGACCGCUGAGAUCGAGUCCCGCCUGCUUGCGAACUCUAUCGCGGACGAGUCUGUCGACAAUAACCCAUGGGAGGGACAGAUAGGCAACGGUAGCCCCCUGCCUCAAGAGAAUGGGAGUGAGAGCCGGGACCACGCCACAGAUGGUUCAGAGAGCACCACCCGCAGCGAGACGUCCCCAGCGGCCCGGUUCUCUGUCAUGUCCGGCCUCUCCGAUGAGUCGCUGGAGCAAUUGUUCAUGACCAAACAGCUGCGGACGCUGGCACUCGAGGUCAAGCGCAUCCGUGCACAGGCAGCCGUCAGCCGCGCUCGCGGGGAGGCCCUGCCUGAAGCCGAAGAAUGGACGAUGCAACAGACCGUCCUCGUGCGGAAGGCCGUCGAGAAGUGGAAACAACUGCGCAACUUUGUCAUGGCGGAACAGCUGCUGCAUCUUGCGGCAGAUGUGCGCGAGGCCAACAUCAUUGCACGGCAGAUGGGCAGGAAGAUCACGUACAACUUUACGAUCAUGGACGGGCCAGCAGUGUCUGCGAGGUCGGCGUUAGAUGACCUCGGAGGCAUCAUCGAGUUUGAUGACGUUGCCGACCCCUCGGCGUCGUCUGGGGCACGGGUGAUGAUCAAGGUCAUUGACCAUGAGUCGACAUCGGUGUACACUUGGAACACAAGUCGAUUCCAGCAGCAGCUGGCACGCAUGCGCCAGGUCCUUGCCGUCAAGGACAAGCCUAACUACUCCGUGCACCUGAGCGUGCGCGCGCCCUUCGCAGACAGCCCCACGCCCAGCUUCUCGUACAUUGGCGGCGCGUACGUGCCUCUGCGCUUACUUGCCCACCAGCUGUCAUACGCCGUGACCGUGCCGAUCUUCUGCGCUUACACGAUGGAGGCAAUUGGUUCGUGCCGCGUCGAGUUCAAGUGCUCGUCGAUCCCCCGUUCUGGUGUUGCUACACCCGAUUCGGGUGGUCCAGUGAUCCGCGGUCAGUCAUUCAGCAACCACAAGUUUGGGUUCACUGUGACCGUCGACCUCGUCAAGGGUCUCACGUCCGCCGACUUUAGCGAAGUCCACGCGCAGACGCGGCUCUCGUCGCUCGUGGGCCCAAUCGCUUCCGAGGACACGUUCGCCUCGUUACCCGUCAAGCUCGACGAGAUGUCGGCCGGCCACCUGCAGCUUCGCCGCACGCUGUCGGUUCUCGUCACGUCCGACUUAGUGUCGCACCUCCAGACGGGCUUUGUGGCGAUUGAGUUCUUUGCGCGCGUCCGUAACUCGUACCUCGAGCGGCUCGAGCGCUUUGACGCGGCGAAGGAGAUUUCUGACGUGCCGAACGGCGAGACGACGCCAGAUGGCAAGAUCAUAGCAAUGAGGCAGGCCGAUGCGGAGAUGGCGUCGACGGAGCACCACGACGUGCUUGCCUCGAUCGAAGUGCACGAGAUGGGCAACGACGGCGAAUACAAGCCUGCUGACGUCGAAGACGACGUGGUCCAACUUCACCUCGGCGUGCAGCGGCAGAUGGUUGUGAGUCUGAAGCAUGCGUCAGGGCAGGCAUUCAAGUGGACGCGCAUCGUCCACGCGAGUGCCUCUCACGUCCGUGUCCAGACCAAGGAGCAUACCCCGGUCGAGGUCCCAGCCUCGGGUGUCGACCUCCAGCUCGUGUCGCACGUCGAGUACUCGUCAGACGGGACAAGCCGACUCCUGGCGCGCGGCACGUGGGACUCGGCCGCGCACCACUGCAUCCACCUAGACCGACGGACGCGGGGCGAGGACCUGGCAAUCGUGCGCGUGACCUUCAUGGUGGAUGUGGAGCGCCUCGAUGAGCCAGCAGUCUUUACGAUGGACAUCAAGGUCAGGGUCAUCGGCCGCGACUCACGGCGCAGCAGCAUCAGUAUUCGCAACAUCUGGAGACCUCGUCCCGUCACGAGCGUGGUUGGGAUAUUUAGAGUCGAUCUCAAUCCACCCCUGGCACGCACGGCGCGCGACCUGUGGCGCCUCGACACGAGCAAGAAGCCUGUGGCGAAUGAGUCUGUCCUUGGUGGUUGGCGCCCGCGCAGCAUCGCUCUUGUCCGUGAAUACAGCGAUCUCGCGCGUGUGCGCCGCGCUCUGGCCGAAGUCCAGCUUACGCGUGUGGUGCUCGAGCAUGUCGGCGACAUUGCGGCGUCCAGGAGUGAUGAGACGGGGCAGCGUGCGCUCGAGGCCAAGAGCCUGUCACUGUGGAAGCGCGAGAUGGACACGCGCGUCGAGUUUGACGUCAAGCGUGAGACGCCGGCCGAGAAGGAGAUGGCGCAGCGCCUGCGCGAGCUCGUGCCAGACAUUGAGCCAAGAUUGGUGCCAACGGUGCGGCUGAUUUCUCCCAAUGACAGCAUUAUCAAGCGCGGCACGCUUGCACUCCUCAAGGACUCACGAACUAACCGAUGGGAGGAGGCGAACGCGGUUCUGCGGCCGCCUUACCUGCAUUUGCACCCGGAGCCCAACAAGCGGGAGACGCAGGUGAUCAAUCUGUCACAGGCGUCAGUUGUCGCGAGCCCUGACGUCGAGACGUUGCUUGGGCGUAGGUACGCGUUCACCGUGUACACCCCGACCAACUCGUAUAUUAUCCAGGCAGCGUCACAACACGAGCUGGACCAGUGGCGCACAGUCAUCGGGCGUCAGCGCCGGGGUGGCUAG